GUGUUUUUAAAUGUGGAUAUUUGUCAAGUAUAUCUCGGGGUGUCAUUGAAAGUCUGAUCAAUUUUCUGAAUUGUAUAGUAGCCUGUAACAGUCGCUGAAUCUCUUUUCUGUUGUUCCCCUCUCCGAUUUCUCUUAGUUUUUGGUCCAAUAGUUCUUGUUCUUUAUCAACUUCACUAGCAUUGUGUUCAUCUCUGCAAUAAAAAGGUUUAUUCAGUUGGAGGAUUGCUGCAUCACUAAAACUAGGAAGAGGAGCUGGGUAUGGUGGCCUGUUUUCUUUAUCACUAUCUUCUAAAUCUUGGUGGCAGGAGUCAUCAUCAUCAUCACCUUCACCAUCUUCAUCAUCUUCAUCAUCUUCAUCAUCUUCAUCAUCAAAAACAUCUAAAUCAUCUAAAUCAGUAUCAGCUAUUUCACAAUGGAUUUUGCUUCUGACGAUGGCACGGAUGGCACAGCAGCUGCAGAGCUUGACAUCUGUGAUUUAGAAUUGAAUGAAAAUGACCUUGAAGAUGAAGAUAUUGAAAUUGAAGAUUCAUCCAGAAAAGGAAGCUCCUCACUCAACAUUGCAGUAAAAAUUCAAAGCAAGGCAGCUGAAUUUUUAGCCUAUGUGAAAGAUAUUUGCAAAACCACAGAAAUUGCCAUUGGAAGAAUUGUCAUUGAAGUGGAUAGUCUAUUCAAAUUGUAUAAUGAUUUUCUGAAGACCAAAUUAUUUGAACUUUCCGAUGGUGAUGCUGUUCAGAAAAGUGACAUGGAGUCACUCUUUUCACUCUUAGAUCAGCAGUCUCUUUUUGAAGGAGUUCAAACACUCUACAAAAGGGAGAAAUAUAAGAAAGAAAAAUGGAGUGCAUUAAUUCCGAAGAAGGUUGUUUUGGAGUGGAAACGCAUUGUUCUUCAUGGCAGAGUGAGGGAGGUGCCACUUCAUUUUGGUUACUACAUAGACUUUCUUGCUCAGCUGGAAGCAGUUCUGCAAUGUGACGAUAUUCUCGAGUGCUUGGACAGUCAAAAGAAUGUUUCUGCAUCUCACCUGAAUAGCAUUAUUGAUGGGCAGUCAUAUCAAUCUCAUGAAGUUGCCUUAAAAUAUCCUGGUGCUUUAGCUUUUGUCUUUUAUGUGGAUGAUGUUAAUCCUGGUGAUACCCUCUCCAGUUACCAAAUUAGCUUUAGGAACUACUUAUGGACGCUUGCUAACAUUCCCCCAGAAUUGAGAUCAUCAAUUCGUGCCAUUAAUAUGUUUGCCAUUGCAAAAACUGAAGUUGCAAAGAUGUGCAACAAUAAAGCUUUUCUCAGUAAUUUUACAUUAGCUAUGAACAGAUUGAGUAGUGAUGAAGGAGUCACAUUCAUCAUAAAAGGCAAACCAAGAGUUUUUCAUGGGUUUUGUUUGUGCGGCGUGGGUGACUAUCCUGCCAGUGGAAAUAUUGGUGGUUUUAAAGAAUCGUCAUCAAAAGCCAAACGCCCCUGCCGCCAAUGUAUGAUUCUUCAGCCUGAACUAAGCUGGAAAUAUGAUGAGUCAGAGGUGGUUUUACGCAAUAAAGAUUCGCAUGAGAGGCAUCUGCAAGCUUUGGAAGGUUGUGAACAAGUGCAGCAAGUAGAUGUGGAAGAGGAGGAGGAAGAUGUAGCAACUGCUGAGGAAAACCCGUCAGUUUUUUAUGGAGUGAAUUGCCGAAGUCCUUUGCUUGACCUAAACUACUUUGAUGUUACGGUAUCACUUCCCCAAGACAUUAUGCAUCUCUUUUUGGAAGGAAUUUUAUCUACUGGCUGCCGUUUGCUUCUUCACCAUGCUGUUAGAGACCGUAAGCUCUCCCUUGCGGCAGUGAAUUCAUUUUUGAUUAAUCAUGACUAUGGAAGGUUUAAGUCUGAUAAACCAUCUAAAAUCAAACCAGAACACUUGAAUAAUGGUCUAAGGCAGACCUCCUCUCAAAUUCUAAUGCUAAGCUUUAUAGUACCCUUCAUUGUAAAAGGGCACUGUGAUAGAGUGAAGCUUAAUAAUUUUGUGCUCUUGUUAAUGAUUUUUGGUGUCUGUUUGUCUCGCCAAGUGACACUAGACCAUGCUCUCCUUAUAAGGAACAUGGUAAAAGAUUAUUUGCCUCAGUUUAAUAGUCUUUACCCUGGAUCGUUUGUGUCAAAACAUCACUUCCUCAUUCACCUGCCCUCUCAGCUAGUCGCUUUUGGGCCGCUUCCAGAGACAUGGGCUAUGAGGUUUGAAUCCUAUCAUGCCCAGCUCAGUAGGCUGCACAGCAUCCUACACAAUGCCAAGAACUCAAUAUUCUCCCUAAUUACCAGAGUGUGUUCAAAACAAGCCUUGCUACUUCACUUACACAAGUCAAAUUUCUUAACUGGUUCAGUUAUUGAAAUGAAAACACUCAAGAUCAAUAUUCCACUGGCUGAUGUGCCUUUCAAAGAAUGCAUAUUAUCUUGUGUACGAGGUAUCUCUGAAGAAAGCACUGUUUCUGAACUAUCCAGCUUGAAGUGGUAUGGAUCGAACUUAGAAAGAGAAAGUUUCAUCAAUAUACAGGAAGAUUCCUUUGCUGUUGUGACAAACAUUUAUGCUGUUAAUAAGGAAUAUGUCUUAAUCUAUCGAAAGUUGAAGACUAUGUGUUUUUCUGUUGAUCUGAAUGCUUUUGAAGUGGAAUGCCCUAAUGUGAGCUCCUUUGCUGCAAUGAACAUAAGCAAGAACUACAACCUCUCUCCUGAAAUGCAUUUUAAAUUUGAGGGAAGAGAAUACAUUGUCAUGCGUCAAAACAGCUCUCCCAAGUAUCAUUUGCUCCGAGCUUAAAACAUUUCUUCUUACCACAUUGUUAUGUGUAUACUUGUAUUCUGCAAAGCAAUCUUAACUUUACUGCUGAGCUGUUUUAUUUUAUGACGGUUUUUACCAUACAUGUAUUUACUAAAUAUUAAGGUUUUUAAAUGAAACAUUUUUUAUAAAGAUUCAGGUGAAAUGUCCAGUCCUCCAAUUUGAAAGAAUUCAUUGUUAUGCAACAAAACAGCUGUCCCAAGUACAAUUUGCUUUGAGCUUUGCUUUCUUUUCUACCACAUUGUGAUGUAUGUUAAGUUAUCUACUUGUGUUCUUUAAAGGCAAUCUUAACUAUACUGCUGAGCUGUUAUAAUUUAUGACUGUUUUUACUAUGAAAGUAUUUACUUUAAAUGCUUUUAUGAAUGAAAAAUUGUAUUUUAAAGGUGACAUUUUUAGUCCUCCAAUUAUGUUUGCCUCAUUUUUAUCAGAUUAAAAACUUAAUUUGAGUAUUUUUGUGUGAUGCUUAAUUUAGCAUCAAACCCAUGGAGACUCAGACCAAAUCACAGACGAACCAUCACUUACCCACAUGUUAUAAGCUGAAGCUCAAUAAAUACUAAAUUUAAUUGCAGA